UGCUGCACACGCCACCCUCAGCUCUGCUGUUCUGUGCACACUGAGCGCAGGAGAUGAGCUUAAGAUCUUCUUGGUGGGGAGCCCGGGAAUGGAGAGGCCGGUUCUGCCCCACUGAUCAGCACGGCCCAACUUUAUGGGGGGCUAGCUAGACUGCGUCUCGCUGUCUGCUGCGCGGCCAACAGGGGGGUAAGCUUGCUAAGGGUCUGUGUGCCCAAGUGUCCCCGUGCCGGGGAAGGAUGUAGGAGCUAUCAGCUUGCUGGGUAGCUAACAGUUUGAGAGUGGGACGAGCGUGGAGCAGGGCUGGCCAGACCUUAAGCUUGAAGUCCGUUCCAUUUGCUGAUGGCCUUAGUUAAACCUGUUGGGAGAAAAGGCAAGAGCAAUGGGGUAUAAAAGAGGGGAUGGCUGCAAGGAUUAAGAAAGCGAUCCUGCAUGCCUUCAGAUCUGAGUUCCCGCUCCCUAAGGCCAGGUGCGUGUGUUUAGAAUGUAGAUUGUGCUGCCCCAAACCACCGGAGGGCUUGGAAUUGGGAGAAGCGGAGGCGGAGAAGGAAGGAAGGAGAAUCGCUUCCCAGUAGAUCGGUUUUGAAGAUCAUGAUCACAUGGAUGCAUCUAACUCAAUGGUACGUGGGGACAUGGUGGUCCUUUAGAGAGCACGUCUAAAUUACUGGCUAAUUCCUUGGUUUGCCACCCAACAUAGGACGUUGUUUGAUUCUAUCUAUCAGAACUCUCCUAAAUUUUCCCCACGAUGCUAUCUUUAUUAGCUUGAACUCCUUUCCUAAAAUGGUCCUCCUGUUGAUCCUGUCAGUUCUGCUUCUGAAAGAAGAUGUCCGUGGGAGUGCACAAUCCAGUGAGAGGAGGGUGGUGGCUCACAUGCCGGGUGACAUCAUUAUUGGAGCUCUCUUUUCUGUCCAUCACCAGCCCACGGUGGACAAAGUUCAUGAGAGGAAGUGUGGGGCGGUUCGUGAACAGUAUGGCAUUCAGAGAGUGGAAGCCAUGCUGCAUACUCUGGAAAGGAUCAACUCAGACCCCACACUCUUGCCCAACAUCACACUGGGUUGUGAGAUAAGGGAUUCCUGCUGGCAUUCGGCUGUGGCCCUAGAGCAGAGCAUUGAGUUCAUAAGGGACUCCCUCAUUUCUUCAGAAGAAGAAGAAGGUUUGGUGCGCUGCGUGGAUGGGUCUUCCUCUUCCUUCCGCUCUAAGAAGCCCAUUGUAGGGGUCAUUGGGCCUGGCUCCAGUUCUGUGGCAAUUCAGGUCCAGAACUUGCUCCAGCUUUUCAACAUACCUCAGAUUGCUUACUCGGCAACAAGCAUGGAUCUGAGUGACAAGACUUUGUUCAAGUACUUCAUGAGGGUCGUACCUUCAGAUGCUCAGCAGGCACGGGCUAUGGUGGACAUAGUGAAGAGGUACAACUGGACCUAUGUGUCAGCUGUGCACACAGAAGGCAACUAUGGAGAGAGUGGAAUGGAAGCUUUCAAAGAUAUGUCAGCCAAGGAAGGAAUUUGCAUCGCUCACUCUUACAAAAUCUACAGCAAUGCAGGGGAACAGAGCUUCGAUAAGCUGCUGAAGAAGCUCAGGAGUCACUUGCCCAAGGCCCGGGUGGUGGCCUGCUUCUGUGAGGGCAUGACGGUGAGAGGUCUGCUGAUGGCAAGACGCCUGGGUCUAGCAGGUGAAUUUCUGCUUCUGGGCAGUGACGGCUGGGCUGAUAGGUACGAUGUGACAGAUGGGUAUCAGCGAGAAGCUGUUGGUGGAAUAACAAUCAAGCUCCAAUCUCCUGAUGUCAAAUGGUUUGAUGAUUAUUAUCUGAAGCUCCGGCCGGAAACAAACCUUCGCAACCCUUGGUUUCAAGAAUUUUGGCAGCAUCGUUUCCAGUGCCGGCUAGAAGGCUUUGCACAGGAGAACAGCAAAUACAACAAGACCUGCAAUAGUUCUCUGACUCUGAGAACACAUCAUGUUCAAGAUUCCAAAAUGGGAUUUGUGAUCAAUGCAAUCUAUUCCAUGGCCUAUGGACUCCACAACAUGCAGAUGUCCCUCUGUCCAGGCUAUGCAGGCCUUUGUGAUGCAAUGAAGCCAAUCGAUGGUCGGAAACUUUUGGAUUCCCUGAUGAAAACCAAUUUUACUGGGGUUUCUGGAGAUAUGAUCCUAUUUGAUGAGAAUGGAGACUCUCCAGGAAGGUAUGAAAUAAUGAAUUUCAAGGAAAUGGGAAAAGAUUAUUUUGAUUAUAUCAAUGUUGGAAGCUGGGACAACGGAGAAUUAAAAAUGGAUGAUGAUGAAGUAUGGUCCAAGAAAAACAGCAUCAUCAGAUCCGUGUGCAGUGAACCAUGUGAGAAAGGCCAGAUAAAGGUGAUCCGGAAGGGAGAAGUCAGCUGUUGUUGGACCUGUACACCCUGUAAAGAGAAUGAGUAUGUCUUUGAUGAGUACACCUGCAAGGCGUGCCAACUAGGGUCAUGGCCCACUGAUGACCUUACAGGUUGUGACUUGAUUCCAGUACAGUAUCUUCGCUGGGGUGACCCUGAGCCUAUUGCAGCUGUGGUGUUUGCUUGCCUCGGCCUGCUGGCCACCCUGUUUGUCACUGCAGUCUUCAUCAUUUACCGCGAUACACCAGUAGUCAAAUCCUCUAGCAGGGAACUCUGCUAUAUCAUCCUGGCUGGCAUCUGCCUGGGUUACUUAUGUACCUUCUGCCUCAUUGCAAAGCCUAAACAGAUUUAUUGCUACCUUCAGAGAAUUGGUAUUGGUCUUUCCCCAGCCAUGAGCUACUCAGCCCUUGUAACCAAGACCAAUCGUAUUGCAAGGAUCCUGGCCGGCAGCAAGAAGAAGAUCUGUACCAAAAAGCCCAGAUUCAUGAGUGCCUGUGCCCAGCUUGUGAUUGCUUUCAUUCUCAUAUGCAUUCAGUUGGGCAUCAUUGUUGCCCUCUUUAUAAUGGAGCCUCCUGAUAUAAUGCAUGACUACCCAAGCAUUCGAGAAGUCUACCUGAUCUGUAAUACCACCAACCUAGGAGUUGUCACUCCUCUUGGAUACAAUGGUUUGCUGAUUUUGAGCUGUACCUUCUAUGCUUUCAAGACCAGAAAUGUUCCAGCUAACUUCAACGAGGCCAAGUAUAUCGCCUUCACAAUGUACACCACCUGCAUUAUAUGGCUGGCCUUUGUGCCAAUCUACUUUGGCAGCAACUACAAAAUCAUCACCAUGUGUUUCUCAGUCAGUCUCAGUGCCACAGUGGCGCUAGGCUGCAUGUUUGUGCCGAAGGUGUACAUCAUCCUGGCCAAACCAGAGAGAAAUGUGCGCAGCGCCUUCACCACAUCUACCGUGGUGCGCAUGCACGUGGGGGAUGGCAAGUCAUCCUCAGCAGCCAGCAGAUCCAGCAGCCUGGUCAACCUGUGGAAGAGGAGGGGCUCCUCUGGGGAAACCCUAAGGUACAAAGACAGGAGACUGGCCCAGCACAAGUCGGAAAUAGAGUGUUUCACCCCCAAAGGGAGUGUGGGGAAUGGUGGGAGAGCAACAAUGAGCAGCUCCAACGGAAAAUCCGUCACGUGGGCCCAGAACGAGAAGAGCAGCCGGGGGCAGCACUUGUGGCAGCGGCUGUCCAUCCACAUCAACAAGAAGGAGAACCCCAACCAAACCGCCGCCGGCAAGCCAGACCUGGAAGAGUUGGUGGCUCUCACCCCGCCGUCCCCCUUUAGAGACUCGGUGGACUCGGGUAGUACCACCCCCAACUCGCCAGUGUCGGAGUCGGCCCUCUGUAUCCCGUCGUCUCCCAAAUAUGACACACUUAUCAUAAGAGAUUACACUCAGAGCUCCUCGUCGUUGUGAAUGUCCUUGGAAACCACGCUGGGUUCCGCUGACGGAGCCGAGACCUCCGGAGUUCACGCAGACACAGUGACAAGCAUAGUCGCCUGGUUAAGACCCGAGGUGGAAGAUGCCAAGUACACCCGUAAGGGAAACAUGUUAAUAGUGCUAUUUCACAUCAACCGACGAAGACACCAACUACAAAUCUUUUGGCAGAUUUUCUUCUAGUGGCCUUAGAAAACAUGGGCUUUUAAGAAACACUGCUUCUCUUUUUGAGGGCUGACAAGGAGUCUGUUGAACCAGUUCCAUACCAAGUGCUUUGCUCUAGGGAAGCAAUGAAUGUGAAACAGCAUAAUGGAGGGGGAAAAGCAUAUUUAAUAAGCAACUGUAAAAAGUUUUGUUUACUUUAAUUCUUUUCCCAAAAGAUUCUUUGAUUCACCAAACAUGAAUGUACAUUUUUUAACAAACUCAAAAUCUGGGACCAAAACGUCAACCUUUCUCUUCUCUCUCUCUUUUUUUUUCUUUCUUUUUUCUGUCCUGUAAAGACCUUGAAAAGCAGUACCUUGGGCCCAGUAUUUACGCGGCGUUGUUGUGAGUGUGUCCCAUGCAUAACACACAACUGGAUAAUGAGUGCUGCGCUGACAUGUGUAGGGCUUUUACCAGAGACAUUCCUCUCCGAUUUGGUUUGAAAUCCUCUUCCAGAAGCCUGCAUCCGGGAGUCCACCUAGUUAUUUCAAUUCACCUCCAUUAACCAAGAAAACCAGUGGAAGAUUUCUUGACUAUUUCACCAUGUUGCCAAUCAAUACUGGAGUAGCAAAAAAAUAUUUUCUGGAAUACUGUUUUGUAAUUCCCUCCCUAGGGUACGUUGUGUAGCUGGAAAUUCUUUUAAUAAUAAUAAUAAUAAUAAUAAUUCCUGAGCUCCAGCUUGGCUAUCUCUUUCAUGAAAUGUGGCCACUCCUCCUUACAAAUGCUGUUCCAUUAGCAUUGCCAGCUAAAAUAUUAAAAUAUGCAUUUGGGCUUCUUCAUUCCUUUCCUUUGAGAACCUGAUGCACAAAGAGCUCCUCUGUUCUUUUCAAGUCCCACCACUGGAAGAAUGGUCUAUAGACCCACUGAAGACAGUGUCACGAUUGAAGAGACUGUUCAAAAAGUUAACACAAUCUUAAUACACUGGAAAUUUUAAACUGUGUCAAGUUGGCUUAGCAGAGAUUUAGCUAUGCCAGUGAGCAGUGAUUUUAACUUUACUUGGCUGCUUAAAUAGGGCAGCUAUGAACUAUGACAAAUGUAGAUUUUUCAAAGCAAUACAGAAUACUAAAACAGAGGAACCUUAAUGAAUAUAAAACACACAGUCUUUCUUAGCCAUUCCAAAAAGAGGCAAAGCAAUUAUUAAUAUUUCCUUUUUAAAAUAAUUAUUAAUAUGAUUUUGUGCACUUCAUAUUGUCACUUUUUAAAUACUGCAGAAGAGAGAUUUAAAGAUAUAAUAGAAAUACAUGUGCUUUAAUAGGCUCAUAUAGGUGGAAUUCAUAGCUCAAGCCCUGUAUCCACUGUCAUCUCUUUCUUCUCCCAUUACAGCUAUCCUCAGGUGCCAAAUGUUUUUUUUUGUUUGUUUGUUUUGGUUUGGCUUUUGAUUUCAUUUUUAAUUUUUAAAUAAGGAUAGUAAGAAAAGGAGGAGGUGUCCUAUAAAAUUAUUGUUUAGUUGAUCUAGCCUUAUACUAAAGAUAGCCUUAUGAAAAAGAUUUGCUGUGGGGCAGAAGUAUAUUUUUAGGAGAAAGAAAAGUAAAUGAAACCUUUAUCUUUAGCUCAAUAUCCUUAUUUUGGCGUGUAUUUUUUAUUUUAUACCUACUUUAAAAAAGGAAUUGAGAAAUGGAAAUAUAUCCAUUGGCAUAACUUAUCAUUCCCCACUUUUAAAAGUUAUAAUACAUAUACUGCUUGACUUUCCUGAUACCUGUUCUUAAAUUUUUAAAUAAAAUCUCCCAACAUAAAAUAUUAAAAGCACACAUUAAUUUAGUAAAAUAUAAAUUUUCAAAAAUCAAACCUCCCAUGCCAGAUUUGAAAAUAACAUCAUCAAAGCACCCUAAAACCCGCAUGUUUUAUGAGACUCUUGAAACAAUGAAUUUAGCUAAACCUUAUGGUUUCAUUGAAAGUGAAUGUCUGCCUCUACUUAAAAAACAGAUAUAAAUAUUUUGAAGCAUUAACACCCCUUAAUCCUCUUGAAAAGGGUGGCAUUCACCUGGGGAUUACCAUCUUGAUUUCUUAAACAUUGAAACCUUUCCAAAUAUAUUCUACUAUUAAGUUUUAAAUUUCUUUCUUAACCCUUUGGUUGAUUUCCACUUUAUUCUGUAUUGACCAAUAGAAAAACAUUUUUAAAAACUUUCUCCAUGAUCAAAUUCCUCUUCUAAAUUUUUAGUAACGUAUUUCGUUAAAAAGUUCACUACCUUAUGAGAAAAUUCAUCAGAAAUUAAAAUUUAAUGCAAAUAAGUAGCCAUCUGAUAAUUCUAUAUGAAAUUAUAAUAACCUGUAACAAGAAAAGUAAUGUAUCCAAUUAGAGGAGAACAAGAUGUAUUUUUCUGUGUUCUGCACCCUUUGCCACUUCAUUCAGUACACUGUAUAAUACAUAAUAUUAUUCGUAAUGCAUUCUUGGGAUCUUUUAUUUUGGAAUGAUGCUAACUCUGUCUCUUUGCCAACUCUAAUACCAGGUUCCAAGUAAUAAAUCUAUAAGGAGAACUGAAUAUUCAUUCUAGGGCUAGGAUAUGAACUUCGCAAUUCAUUUGGGUACCUAUUUUCAUUGAAUUUCCUUGAAAACAGUCUGUUCCUGGUGCCCAGUGAUAAUUCAGUUGGACCAGCAUGACCAAAAGGAAGGGGAAAGUACAGUGAAAUGCUAAGAUUCAGAAAAGUGACCCUAAAGGACAAUUUGGUCCCAGGAUGAAAAAAAGAAGACCUGGUUUGAUCAAGUUAUAUGGACCAUCUAAGCAGUCCACUCACUCUUCUGUUUUGGGAGAGGAGUAGGAGCAGAGAAGACCCUAUGUGGAUUGGGAAGAAGCAUCUCUCUGGGUGAGGGGUGGGGAACAGAGAGCGAGUAUGUACGCGAAGGAAAAUCAUAUGAGAUUUGACUGAAACAAAGAAAAACAGUAAAUCCCCGAAUGUGCUAAUCCUUGUUAGUAAAAGUCUUUCCCAAGCUUCUGCUGUUGCCAGCAAGUGAUCAGGAAGACUAGGAGCUAUUUCUGACUGUGAAUGAGUUGUUAUAAUGGCUCUGCUGCAGUUCUGUGACUUCCAAACUAGGAAUUAAACACUUUCUAAGAAAAACAAAAAAACAAAAACAUUUCCUAUGCUAGUCUCCCAGCAAAAUGUACGUGUUUUGGAGACUUCAAACUAUUAUCUGAGUUCACAUUUAGCCACAGCUUCUUAAUAGCCCUUGAGCUGGCAGAAUCUCUAUAGUUAACCAUUUACAAUUUUAUACUGUGAAAAAUACAGAUCAGUGAAAAGCAUAAAGAUAAAUCGAAAUUCACUCUCAAGAGGGUCUGAGGCCUGGGAGAUUCUCUACUAUGUUGAAGAGAGGCAUGUACAAAAUAGUUGACUGAAUUUCACUGAUCUUCCCAAUGUGAACAAAUAUACUAUGUAUAUUGUGUGUAUUUCUAGAAUUCAAUGGCAGCUGCUGGUGGUGUUGUAAUUAGAGAUCUAUAUAGAAUAUAGAUGUUUUAGAAAGAUGGUGCCAAUCCUAAAAGAUUUGUGUGGGCUACAAGUGCUUGUACUUAACUUUUUUCUGCACUUUAACUGAUUUGGUUUUAAAAUUGUGUGCGCGUAUCUGUUCUUUUUCUGUGUUGCAGCUUGUACUAUUAAAACAAUAGAGAAUGUUAAAUUAUUUUGAUGUGAAUUGCAAAUGAUUUUUUCAUAAAGUUUAACAUUUUUAUCAGCAUUGUUUUGCUUUGUACUUGUAUAAAUGUGUUUUCUUUUAGCAUUUAAAAGUACACUUGCCUGUUUCUUAGUUGUCUAAAUCAUGUUAUAGAUGGUGUUUGUGAAGUUAGUUACUUUUUGAAAAAUAUUAAAAAAGCAACUAUGGUAUGACUUUAAGAUGCUUCCCCUUAAAUGUUUAGAAUGUUGUCUUAAUAGUGUUUUCCAAGACCCAAAGAGCCAUACUAUUAAUUCAUCUUUAAAUUCUAAAUGAUUUACACAUUUGAAUUAUGGGAUUUAUAUAGUAGCCUGUGGACAAGAGAUUAAAUUAAACAUGUAAACCAACCACAAACCAACCAGAGAUGCUGUCCUCAAAGACAUCUACAAACAUCUUUUAAGACAUAAAUAUCUUUUUUUUAAAACAAUGAAGCAUGUAGGGAUUAUACCUUGUUUUUUGUGUCUGGAAAUACAAAUACAAAUUAUAGUUCCAAAGUUAUCUGUGUUGAUAGAGGUUACAUCAUAAAAAUACUAUAGAUUAUGUGUGUUUAUAUAUCUGUGAAUGUCUGGUUGUGUAUACAAACAUACACACGUUUAUAUAGAUAUUUUAUUUCUGAGUCCAUCUAUAUAUGUGUCUCUGUGUGUAUGUUUGUUUGUGUGUGCAUGUAUGGGCAUAUCUGUAUAAUUUUACCAGAAAAAAAAAUUACUUGUCAAGUCACUUUCUACUUUGAUGGAUUCUUAAGCAAAUUUACACUCCUUGAACACAGAUUACCUAAAACCUAAAAGCAUGAUGUGUAGAUGAGAAAAACAAUGU